GGGGGUGACCGAGCAGCCGCUGUGGAAGCCGUGCCGCAGUGCCCGGGGGCUGUGGGGGCGGUCUGAGGAGCUGCAUCCCUGCGCUCCGCUCCUCCCCGCCCCGCAAAUCGGCUCUCCCUCACCCCCUUCCCCGCACCAUUCCCUCCCCUCCCCGCGCCGCUUCCCAGACGGGGGAGGGAGCGAACCAAGCGGCGCGGUGGCACCGCCGCCAUUUUAGGUGCCGCUGGCGGGCGCCGCGCUGUGAGGCGGGGGAGGGAGGGAGGGGAGGAGGAGAGAAAAGGCGAGCGGAGCGGAGCAGCGCAGCGCUUCUCCUCCCUCUUCCUCCUCCUCUCCUCCUCCUACUUCUUCUCCUCCUCCUCUUCGGGGCCGAACCGAGCCCUCCGCCCGGCGCAGAGCGGAACCCGGACCAGCGGGGGCGCCCCAGCCGCCCCGCCAGCCGGGGCUGCGCUCUGCCCUGCACCGUUCCGCGCUGCCAUGCCGCCGCCGCGCCGCCCGGGCAUGCCGCCUUCUCUGCCGCCUUCCCUGCCGGCCUCCUGCCUGCUGCUGGCCGCGCUGCUCUGCGGAGGAGCAGGGGCUGCUCGAGUUAACAAGCAUAAGCCAUGGAUUGAAACAACCUAUCACGGUAUAGUUACAGAAAAUGACAACACGGUGCUCUUGGACCCCCCUCUAAUAGCCCUGGACAAAGAUGCUCCUCUACGGUUUGCAGGUGAGAUUUGUGGCUUUAAAAUUCACGGGCAGAAUGUUCCCUUUGAAGCAGUGGUAGUGGAUAAAUCCACUGGGGAGGGAAUAAUCCGCUCGAAGGAGAAGCUGGACUGUGAGCUCCAGAAGGACUACACCUUCACCAUCCAAGCCUAUGACUGUGGGAAGGGACCAGAUGGAGUCAAUGCCAAAAAAUCCCACAAAGCAACAGUGCACAUUCAGGUGAACGAUGUGAACGAGUAUGCUCCUGUGUUCAAAGAGAAGUCCUACAAGGCAACAGUUAUUGAAGGGAAGAGAUAUGACAACAUCCUGAAAGUGGAGGCAGUGGAUGCAGAUUGCUCACCUCAGUUCAGCCAGAUCUGCAAUUAUGAAAUUGUAACUCCAGAUGUACCUUUUGCUAUUGACAAAGAUGGUUAUAUAAAAAACACAGAAAAGCUGAGCUAUGGUAAAGAACAUCAGUAUAAACUGACAGUAACAGCAUAUGACUGUGGGAAGAAGAGAGCUGCUGAGGAUGUGUUGGUUAAAAUUAGCAUUAAGCCUACAUGCAAGCCUGGCUGGCAAGGUUGGAGCAAGAGGAUUGAAUAUGAGCCUGGUACUGGUUCCUUGGCUCUCUUCCCUGGAAUGAGAUUGGAGACUUGUGAUGAGCCAAUAACCUCAAUUCAAGCAACAGUUGAACUAGAAACCAAUCAUAUUGGUAAAGGCUGUGACAGAGACACCUACUCUGAGAAAUCCAUCCACAGACUCUGUGGUGCUGCUUCUGGCACAAUUGAGCUGCUUCCCCCUCCAAGUAGUGCUGCUAACUGGACAAUAGGACUUCCUACCGAUAAUGGGCAUGACAGUGACCAAGUCUUUGAAUUUAAUGGCACCCAAGCUGUGAAGAUUCCAGAUGGAGUUGUCACAGUCAAUCUGAAAGAGCCCUUCAUGAUUUCAGUAUGGAUGAGGCAUGCACCUGGGACCAAAGAAAAAGAGACAAUUCUGUGCAAUUCAGACAAGACAGACAUGAACAGGCACCACUACACUCUCUACGUGCACAACUGCCGACUCGUUUUCCUUUUCCGCCAAGACCCUUCAGAGGGAAAGACAUACAAACCUGCUGAAUUUCACUGGAAACUCAAUCAAGUCUGUGACAAAGAGUGGCAUCAUUAUGUCCUCAAUGUUGAAUUUCCUGCAGUAACUCUGUAUGUAGAUGGUGUUUCAUAUGAUCCUUUCCCAGUGACUGAAGAUUACCCACUUCAUCCUUCAAAGAUAGAAACACAGCUAGUAGUUGGAGCAUGUUGGCAAGAAUAUACAGGAAAUGAAAAUGACAAUGAAACUGUGCCUGAGACCUCUGCAGGUGGUGAACUCCAGAUGGCUCAGUUUUUCCGAGGCAAUCUGGCAGGUUUGAUGAUUCGUUCUGGUAAACUGGAAAACAAGAAGGUGAUAGAUUGCCUGUAUACCUGCAAAGAGGGACUGGAUUUGCAAAUGGCUGAUGGUGUUGGCAAAGGUGUGAAGGUCCACAUGAACCCGAGCCAGUCAACACUGACCUUAGAAGGGGAUGAUAUUGAGAGGGUUGACAAGGCCAUGCAGCACAUUUCCUACGUCAAUUCCCGCCAGUUCCCAACUCCUGGGAUUCGGAGGCUGAAAAUCACCAGUGUGGUCAAAUGUUUCAAUGACGAGGCCUGUGUCUCCAUUCCUUCCGUGGAGGGCUAUGUAAUGGUCUUGCAACCAGAGGAACCAAAAAUCAGCCUCAGUGGCAUCAACCAUUUUGCCCGCUCUGCUUCAGAGUUUGAGAGCUCUGAGGGUGUUGCCCUUUUCCCUGAGCUUCGCAUAAUCAGCACCAUCACAAGGGAGGUGGAGCCAGAGGGAGAUGGAGAUGAAGAUCCUACAGUACAAGAGUCUUUGGUAUCUGAAGAGAUCAUGCAUAACCUGGAUACAUGUGAGGUGACUGUGCUUGGAGAGGAGCUAAAUCAGGAACAAGAAAGCCUGGAGAUUGACAUGACACGAUUACAGCAGAAAGGCAUUGAAAUGAGCAGUUCCAACCUGGGCAUGAUAAUCACAGGGGUUGAUACUAUGGCAAGUUAUGAAGAAGUUUUGCAUUUGAUACGCUACAGGAACUGGCACACAGUUUCUCUCUUUGACAGAAAGUUCAAGUUAGUCUGUUCUGAGCUCAAUGGACGUUAUGUCAGCAAUGAGUUUAAAGUGGAGGUGAAUGUUAUCCACACAGCUAACCCAGUUGAACAUGCUAAUCACAUUGCUGCACAGCCACAGUUUGUCCAUCCUGUGCAUCACACAUUUGUUGAUCUCUCUGGUCACAACUUGGCUAACCCUCACCCCUUUUCAGUUGUUCCAAGUACAGCCACUGUUGUGAUUGUUGUUUGUGUCAGUUUCCUGGUGUUUAUGAUCAUUCUGGGAGUGUUCCGGAUCCGUGCUGCACACCAGAGAACCAUGCGUGACCAGGACACUGGAAAGGAAAAUGAGAUGGACUGGGAUGACUCUGCUUUGACCAUCACUGUGAACCCCAUGGAGACUUACGAGGAUCAACACAGCAGUGAAGAGGAGGAAGAAGAAGAGGAAGAAGAAAGUGAGGAUGGAGAAGAAGAUGACAUCACCAGUGCAGAGUCUGAAAGUAGUGAGGAGGAAGAGGGAGAGCAGGAGGAGGACCAACAGAAUGUUAAUAGACAGCAACAGCUGGAAUGGGAUGACUCUACCCUCAGUUAUUGAUCCUAGCUGUUCCCUUUGUCUUUGUUUCUGCUCUAGAAGACUCCACUGUCAUACACUCCAUUGUUACCAAGGAUUCAUGGUGUUUUAAAAAAAAAAAAAUUUAAAAAAAUAUCAUUCUGGCCAGUAGAUUGAGCCCACAGACAUCCCUGUGUUUGUGUUUUGUCAGAUAGUUCCUGGUGCUGUUUCUAGAGCUGUAGUUAGCACCUCUUAUCCUUCAGCCAUGCCUCAGUGACUGGAUUUUUUUUACGCUAUGUGAGGAACCACCUUGCACUUUUUUUCUUCCUGUCAUCUCAGCUAAGUGACUCGACAGAUCUGUAGCCAUUGCACAUGAAUUUCUGAACUGUCUUUUUUUUUGCUCAGUGAAACAAACUUAGCUUUGUUCCUUUUCUCUUUCUAAAAGAUGCAAAGAUUGCUUGUUGACAAAGGGUAAAGCUGCUCAUUUCAGCCUGUUGAUUUCUUUUGAUUUUUCCCCCCAAACUAGUGCAUGUGUAAAGUGGCAGAAUGAGGUUAAUAUGUAGAAGAUUAACAGACUUUUUAAUAUUUUGUAAAUAUAUUGGAAUUAUGUAAUUACGUCAUUUGUGGUAGUGAAAACAGGGAUUGGGGUUUAAAACAUGCUAAAGUUACAAAUCAUGCAGCAUGAAAUACUACAAAUCUCAUACUACUGCAGCAGGAGCACGGGCACAGUUCUCUAGUGUAGAUGUUUCAGUGAUUCAGUGUCAUUGCCCUUGACUGCCAUGGUUGCUCAUGCCCCACUCUGGUUUUUAAUUUUUCUUUAAUCUUUCUUUUUGCAGAGGGAACAGACAAGCUUGUAAGAAAUUGUAAAGGCUUUAGGAACCUCUGCAGGGGUUCAGCUGCCCUGUGCAAUACAGUUGUAUUGGGGUUUUUUGGUUUUUUUUCUUUCUCCAAUUAAGCCUUGGCUUAAAGGCUUUUAAGUUAUUGGGAAACAAACACUACAUGGAUGGUGGGCAGCUGAGUGUGCUGGUGCUGCAGCUCCUGUUCAUGAUAUCAAGGCUGUCACAGGACUCUGGUCUGUUCACACUGCUGGCAGGACAGGUUAUCCAUCUAGGUGAUUGGUGGUUAUGUUGGAAACUGAGACCUGUGUACCUGUGCACCUUGGUGACCAGGCUCCAUAGAGAGGGCUUUCUGAGGGCUUUUUAUUUGACUGUUCAGUUUUUCUGAUUGGGUAGUGGGAGGGUUUGGGGCAGAGCUGAUACUGUUUCUGUUAAACACACUCCUGGUCAUUCCCUGUAGCCCCUUGUACAGUAACCUGGACUGUUGGUGUAUUGAGCCUUUGUUUACACUUAGUAAUUGUGUUUUCCUGCUAGUAAAAAAAAAAAAACAAAACAAACUAUAGCAGCAAUUAUCCAAUCAGAAAACCUUGGGAAUCACACGUCUAUUAUUCCAAGUCCUAAUGAUUUUGGUUGUUUCUGAUCAAAAUUAUAACUUGGAAUGGCAAAGGACUCUUUUCUAAAAGAAAUAGCUGAAAGGUACGAAAAGUUACAACCCCAUGGUGGAGAGUGCUGGUUUGUUUUUGUGAGGCAGGUCUUGUUUAUUUAAAAUUUUUUUUUUUUUUUGGUCUUACACAGAGCCUUGAAUAAUGAGUAUCUGCUUACCUGAUCUUUGGAGGUGGAUUAAAGAGUAGCUUGUUUUGCUUGUGACAGGGCAGUGAGGACUCCAUGCACUCCUCAGCACGGUAAGCACAGUUGCAGUUUCUGAUCUUUGUCUGGAGUCUGCCUUCCUUCCUGGUGCACAGAGCACACAGCUGGGAGCAGGCUGGUGAGGGGCUGCUAGAGGAGCCACAAGCAAGCCAGAGGGUGGGGGACAAAGGGUCAUAAUUCCAAGAGAUAAAAGAUAAGGAUUGAGUUAAACAUUCCUGGAGUUUUGAUUUUCAGAGCAGACCUCACCUUUUGAUGUGUGUAACGGGAUCUGCUGGGGGUUGUACCUGGGGUAGCACAUGACUGUGGAGUGCCUUUUACAAUAGUAGGUGGACCUGGAAGCAGGGAAGAGAACCCACACACUUAGCUUACCAUUUUUUUUGGGGGGGUUGUUUUGUUUUGUUUUUUAUGUAAAAUUUUAGAUUUCUAAAAUGGGGAAAUGGUUUUGACUACUUACGUGGUAAUAUAACUGCUAGUUUUAAGUAAACUGGGAAACUUAACUUAUGUCUGACAGUUGUCCUGUGUUAAUGUGUAGAAGACUUAUCCUUCCAUAUACUGUUGCUGUAGCUGCUGUAUUUUAGACCAAAACUGAUCAUGAUUUUAAUGGUAAUACUGAAAGGUUGUAAGCGUCCUGAUGCAGUUUGUAGCCACUGUGGGUAUAACUUUUCAGAUGUGUAUAUUGGUAACAGGUCAGUUUGGAAAGUCUAUAAGCUACAAUAAAUUUCUGGUUCUAAAGGU